GAUCCUCGCUUGGGACAAAUUUAACUCAGCGCUCCUUCGCAGUCGGCUUGUCCGCAUGCUCAGGUUAGCAUAAAGCUAGUUCAGCCCUAUCUGGAAACACACUCACAAGAUGGCAUCAGAAGCGAAACGACAAAAGAUAUAUGAUGGUUCAGAGCUCAGCCCCCUGCAAAACUUUCUACAAUGGUGCCAAGGAGUUGGAUUGGUGCUUAGCAAUAAGGUUUGUGUGAGUAAAGAGGGAACAGUCGCAGAGUACGGGAUGCUGGCCACAGAUGACAUAGAGGAAGGGGAGAUUUUGUUCACCAUCCCCAGACCAGCUCUUCUCCACCAGGGAACAACCAAGGUCUCUGCCUUGCUGGAGAAAGAGGGAUCAUCCCUGGAGAGCUCGUCUGGCUGGGUUCCUCUGCUGCUGGCUCUGCUGUAUGAGUAUACAUCCUCACAGUCCCACUGGAAACCUUACCUCUCACUGUGGACUGACUUCAAGACACUGGACCAUCCCAUGUUCUGGUCUAAAGAGGAGAGAGACAGGCUGUUGAGGGGAACGGGCGUCCCUGAGGCUGUGGACACAGACUUGGCUAACAUCCAGAGGGAAUACAAAGACGUGGUCCUUCCCUUCAUCAAUAAGCACCUAGACAUCUGGAACCCAAAAACACACACACUGGAGCUGUACACACAGCUGGUGGCCUUUGUCAUGGCCUACAGUUUCCAAGAGCCCCAGGAGGAAGAUGAGGAUGAAGAGGAUGAAGAUGAUGAGGAGGAGAAGACACCCAACCUUCCUAUGAUGGUUCCCAUGGCUGACAUGCUUAACCACGUGUCCAAUCACAAUGCUAACCUGGAGUUCACACCGGACAGUUUGAAGAUGGUCUGCAUACGCCACAUUCACAAAGGCGAGGAGGUUUUCAACACCUACGGACAGAUGGCCAACUGGCAGCUGCUACACAUGUAUGGCUUCACGGAGCCGUAUCAGAACAACAGCAACGACACCGCUGACAUCCCCAUCACCAACCUCUACACAGUGGUUACACAAGGUAUUCAGUCUGAUUUGGACCAGCAGCUGGUGGAGGAGAAGUGGGAGGUGCUUUGUGAGCUAAUGCAAGAAAAAGCAGCGUUUGUCUUUGGCAAAGAGGGCUGCCUGUCAGACACAGAGCUUCAUACUGCACUCAAGGUGCUGUGCAUGUCAGAAGACGAGUUCUCAGAGUUCAAAGACAACGAAGGCUGGGAGGACGAUGAAGAGGACGAUGAGACAAUUUCUCUCAUGUUCUCUAACGAGGGUCUCCCUGGAUUAAAGCCUUCAUGGAAAAGCUUGACUCAUGAAGCAGCCCGUCUGACUGUGAAGUCCUACAGAGGAGAGGGAGAGGGUGUGGACAGAGACCAGGCGCUGAUAGGGGACCAGGCAGCACUGGCAGGGCUGAGCAGCAGGCAGCGGAGUGCACUGCAGGUACGCUACGGACAGAAGAGCAUCCUGCACAGACUGAUGGAGCUCACCACGUCAUGAGCUCAGCUGUUGUAGCCAUCAGGACCACAGGAGUUUGUUUUUAGCAUCUCAGGGGCAAAAGUGAAACGUCUCUCAAAUCCAGUCCAUCCAUAUUUUUUCAUGAUCCAAUAGUCAUUGUUUUUCUUCCCUGUGAACAAUAAACUCUGUUUGUGUAA